AUGGUAGGUGCCUUCAAUGAUAUAUUCGGAACAAUGAUAUUUCUCACAACAGUGAACACUUCUUUUGCACUGCUGAACUGCCUCAUGUGGUUCUUCGAGAGAAACUCACAAGGAAACGAUGAGGAUACUGUCUACAGGAUUUUGUCCAUAGUACUGUACGUAGGCAUAUAUCUGUCAUUCACGAUCUUGAUCGUCUUAUCUUGCGAUGCUACGGUAAAGCAGGGUAAAAGGUUCACAGAGUCAUGCUACGCACUCCAUGUCAAGAACAGCAAUCAUUAUGUCAAAGAAGAAUUCAAGAGUUUGGCUGUAAUUUCCGAAAAGAUAGCUCCAGUCUUUUCAGCCGCUGGAUUCUACACAAUCAAUCAAAUGUUUCUUUCCACCUUGUUCACAGCUUUAACUUCAUACGCAAUUGUCUGUAUUCAGUUUAGCACCUUGUAG